CGGGCAUCAUGUCGACUGGCCGCGUGCGCCAUCUUGAGAGGAAUAAGAAAUCUCGGGCGAUGCGCGCGGCGCGCUGAUCGGACCCGACCGGACCGGAGCGGAGCUUCUCCACGGUUUGGGCCUGCGCUGCGAUUCCCCGUUACGGGCAGCGGAAGACCGGCGGGAACUCGCGGCCGGAGAAAGAGAGAGAGAGCCGGGGGCCGGGGACAGAUCUGCUGCUGCUGCUGCGGAGCGACGCGAUGGCAGGGGUCGGAGGAGGGAACGAUUUCCAGUGGUGUUUCUCGCAGGUGAAGGGGGCCAUAGACGAGGAUGUGGCGGAAGCGGACAUUAUCUCAACAGUUGAAUUUAACUACUCUGGGGAAUUACUAGCUACAGGAGACAAGGGUGGAAGAGUCGUCAUAUUUCAGAGAGAACAAGAGAGUAAAAAUCGUCCGCUCUCGAGAGGAGAAUAUAACGUAUACAGCACUUUCCAGAGUCAUGAACCAGAAUUUGACUAUUUGAAAAGUUUAGAAAUUGAGGAGAAAAUUAAUAAAAUCCGAUGGCUGCCCCAACAGAAUGCUGCUCACUUCCUGCUCUCCACAAACGAUAAAACCAUCAAGCUGUGGAAGAUCAGCGAAAGGGACAAACGAGCGGAGGGCUACAAUCUGAAAGAUGAAGACGGGCGUCUGAGAGAUCCGUUUAGAAUCUCAACACUAAGGGUGCCUGUGCUGAUGCCGAUGGACCUGAUGGUUGAAGCCAGCCCUCGCAGAAUAUUUGCGAAUGCGCACACAUAUCACAUCAACUCCAUUUCAGUAAAUAGUGAUCAUGAAACAUACCUUUCUGCAGAUGACCUAAGAAUAAACCUAUGGCACUUAGAAAUCACAGAUAGAAGUUUUAACAUUGUAGAUAUAAAGCCUGCCAACAUGGAGGAGCUGACGGAGGUGAUCACGGCUGCAGAGUGCCACCCUCACCAGUGCAACGUGUUCGUGUACAGCAGCAGCAAGGGCACCAUCCGCCUCUGCGACAUGCGGGCAGCGGCCCUCUGCGAUAGACAUAGCAAAUUUUUUGAAGAGCCUGAAGAUCCGAGCAGCAGGUCGUUCUUCUCAGAAAUCAUCUCCUCCAUAUCUGAUGUCAAGUUCAGCCACAGCGGCCGAUACAUGAUGACCCGAGACUACCUUUCAGUGAAGGUGUGGGACCUCAACAUGGAGAACCGGCCUGUAGAGACCUACCAGGUACAUGAAUACCUACGUAGUAAGCUGUGCUCGCUGUAUGAGAACGACUGCAUUUUUGACAAGUUCGAGUGCUGCUGGAACGGAUCAGACAGUGCCAUUAUGACCGGCUCCUACAACAACUUCUUCAGAAUGUUUGACCGGAACACCCGCCGGGACAUCACUCUGGAGGCGUCCCGGGAGAACAGCAAACCGCGGGCCACGCUGAAACCCCGUAAAGUCUGCACCGGCGGGAAGAGGAAGAAGGACGAGAUCAGCGUGGACAGCCUGGACUUCAACAAGAAGAUCCUCCACACCGCCUGGCACCCCAAAGAGAACGUCAUAGCGGUGGCCGCCACCAACAACCUGUAUAUAUUCCAGGACAAAAUGAACUAAAGAGAGAACAGCAGCGGAGAAAAAUCCAAACCAAGAAAAAUCUCCACCUUAUUCCCCUCCGGCACAAGAGGACAAGAGAGGACUCGCGAAAACCACAGAAAACCACAGAAAAGAAGAAGAAUAAUAAUGAUCUCGUACUUUCCAUAGCCUAGUCCUUAACGUUAAAGUCGAAGAGAAGCCGCAGCCUUGUUUCAUGUUGUUCUCCUAAUGGAAGAAUGGAUGCACUUGUUUUUUCUUUUUCAGUUUUUUUGUUUCAUUUUUCAUUUGUAUUUUAUUUUAUUUUUUUGUUUAGUUUGUUUAGUCUUUCACACAUAGUCCAGGGGAAAUGAGGAGGAGUAAAUGGGCGUGUCUCUUUUGCUAACGCCUCGUCACACGAGAGGCACGGUCAAAAGCCCUUAAACAUAAAAUAUAUAUAUAUAUAUAUAUAUAUAUAUAUAUAUAUAUAUAUAUAUAUAUAUAUAUAUAUAUAUAUAUAUAUAAAAUAAAUAAAUAUAUGAAUAAAUAUAUAAAUAAAUACAUUGACCCUACUGCAUUGCUCCUUCAUAAAUCUUUCGUUUAAAAGGGCAACCACAAGAUCAACAACAAUGCAAGACCCACCCAUCACUCAUCACUCAUAUCUACUCCCCUCUUUUUCUCCUCCACCAAUCAUACGCCAGAUCUACAAUAAAAAAAUUCAUAAAGAAUCGACGAAAAACCUCGUAACUCAGAGGCCAAAUCAGAUUCAACCUUUCAGCAGUUACUGAAAUCUUCUUUCUGUCUUCUUUUUUUAUUUUUAUUUUUCUUUCCGUUUAAUUUUUUGUUUUUCAGUCUGAGCCUUAGUUAUUUUCGUUUUUUAUUAUUUUUAUUAUUUUUUUUAUUUUUAUUAUUUUUGUUUGUCGACCAAAAUCACAGAUCACCCAAAACAGUCCUCCCAAAAAGAGCGUCCCAGUCGACUUUUUGUUCUCCGUCAGAACCACAGAACUGUAGAACCGUAGAUACCAGAGUAUCUGUGGCCUGAGAGCCCAGGCCUUUCAGAAAAAGUGACUUCCUUUUUUUUUUUUUUUUUUGCUUUCUUUCUUUCUUUAUUUUUAUAUUUAAUUUUUUUUUUUUGCUGGUCAAUGCCUGUCAACAUUCCUCCCCUGGCCUCAGUCCCAGGCCUCGGGUGUUUUUACCUUUUAAGCACUUACUACAGAUCUCCAUUAUUUAUUUAUUUUUGGUCAGUGGACAGAUUGCAGAUCUUUUGUUUCUUUAUUUUUAGUUUCGUUUUGUUUUUCGUUUCGUUUUGUUUCUCAUGCAUAAUAACAUCUACUCACUGACUGUGUCUAUAUAUCUAAAUAUAUAUCUAUAUAUAAAUUACCACACCAACGUCUGGUGUCAAAACCACUUAAUAAAAAUAGCAAAACUAUAAAGAGAAAGCGUUUUUUACAUGACGAGCAGGUAUGUAUGUGGAUUUAUUUGGUUAUUUGAUUUUAUUUGAUUUUUUUUUUCUGUUCUGUAUUCUGCAUGUAAUCUGCAUUAUGUGGGUUUGGAGCGGCAGUAAUGAAAUGUGAAGUCAUCCUGCUGAUCUUCAUCUAAACCAGCUGCUUAAAGGAGUCAGAUCCACCUUAAAAUCUUAUCUUUUACACCCUGCGUUCACACUACCAGAGAACAGCGCAAAAAAAACGACCAGCUUUUAUUCUUUAGGGUUGUUUUGUGUAUUUUUUUUUUUUUUUUUUUGGUGUGGUGCAGUGGAUAACACCACUGCAUGCCAGUGAGCUACUAAAUCAUGUGGGAGACUGGGGUUCAAUUCCUACUCUGGGUGACUGAAUGCUGCUCUACACCAAUACCAGUCCUUGGGCAAGACUCCAAACUCCUAACACUACAUCGGACAAAUACUGUAAUAGAAAUAAACUUGUCACUCUGGA